GGAAUAAAUAAGCAAAAAUCACUGGGGAAAGUGGAAUCCUCUCUGUCCGGCGACUCUUUGUAAAAAUCAUCUGUAUCAACGACAUCGUUUCUAACUCCGACGCUGCAACUCUGAUGGCCAAUCAAGGAGCCAAGAAGCGCAAAGAUGAGAAUGCUCGUCAUAUGAAGAAUCUGCGCUAUGCCAUCAUUAUCAGCAACGUUAUAUAUUUAGUGGUGAGAGCAGGAUUUAUGUACUCGAGUUUCAAGUGGAAACACAUGGGAGGAUUGUUGCUGACGGCGUUUGCUUACAUCAUACCUUACCAGCAACUCCACGCCAUGUCCAGGCCGACUUAUAGCGACGACGGGGAGCUCAUUGAUGGCGGAUUCGAUAUGAGCACUGGUGGAAUUUGUGGAUAUUUGCAUGAUGUCAUCUACAUUACAUGCUUUGUCCAACUCGCUUCCAUCUUCUCAGAGAAGUUCUGGUACAUUUAUUUGGUGAUACCAGCAUUCGCAGCAUAUAAGCUCUUUGGGAUUUUUAAAGGCUUUUUACCAAGUGGUGGUGCAGAGGUAUUUCUUCUAUAAAUCUUAUGCAUCACGUCUCUCUGUAUAAGCUCUUGCACAAAGAAAAUAGUACUUGGGUGCUUAUAUUUAGAAUGCAGGGACCUGAAGAGGAUGAAAAGACUCGCAGAAAAAGGGAAAAGAUGGAGAAAAGGGCAUCCAGAGGAAAGUUUGUAAAGUCAAAGACACGAUAACUUGGUUGCUAUGUAACAUAGAUUGCUUGUUUAAGAAAAUCUUAUGUCCCAUUGUGUGUUCUUCACUGGGGAUGUAAAAUGAUUUCCUGGUUUGCGUCAUAUCAUAAAAAUAUAUCCUAUGAAAGCGAACCUUUCGUAAUCACAGGUUCGGGGUGUUCUUUUCUCGCCAAGUUAGUAUUGGAAGUUGGAACCAGUACUUUUUGAGGUUUGUGAACCAAAAUAGCAUUAGAGUCCUGUGCAUUUCGUCUUCAUCUAGUUUCAUUGUUUGUUGGGUUUCCUCUUGUUUCUUUUCCUUUUUUAAUUUUUUACUUUUAUCAAUUUCAAGUUUAUUGGAUUCUGAUUUGAAGAGCUACGUCAGAGGAUAGUUCAUUGAUGAUUAGUUGACUAGAUUUCUUUUGAGUGCUUAGCUUCGGUUUCUUAAGGAUAUAGUACUAGUUUCAAGCUAGUGCUCUCGCGUAAUUCGAUUCGAUUUUAAAAUUUUAACACAAUAUCUUUUGACCCAAUGCUUAAGGAUUUUAGGACAGCAAAUAAUCAGCCUGAUAAUCGGUCUGCUGCCUUGCGUUCUAAGCAUUUGUUUCCUCCAGAAAAUUUACAAAUUUGUAUAUUUUUUUGAUGGAACUAUCUUGCUUAUUCGUAAUUGCAUUGGUAUGGGUGUUUAUACUCGUGAUCAGCAUGGAAGAUUCGUUUCUGCAAAGAGUUGUUGUAUGAAGGAUUUUACUUCACGUGACUUAGUGGAAUUUAUGGCGUUGAAAGAUGUAUUUUGCUGAUGAAAUAUCUCAAUCUCAACAAUGCUACUAUCAUGGGAAUUCUUCGGUGGCCAUCUCAGCGGCCAUAGAAGAAGUUGAUUGUUCUUCAAUUUGUUUACCUGUGCUGUUAGAUAUUAGAUAACUAUUAUUGGAUCUAUCUUUCGAAGCCAUAUUUUGAAUUCCACGUCUGGAAAUGAAGUAGCUCAUGCAAUAGCUAAUUAUGUCAAAUUUCAUGAAAUAGAUGAUAUAACUUAGUUUUUUCUGCCAAGUUACUUGUAUCAUUUAUGGCUGGUUGAUUUUCAAUUAGUUUAAUAUACAGCCCGAUUUUCAAUUAGUUUAAUAUAUAACCUUUUUCAAGUA